CGCGUCAAAUUAAUUCCAGCAGAGUCCGAGCUCCCCAGGAUAACUCCAAUUUGCAUUUAUCGGAUGAAGAUCGUUUCGGUGCCAUUGUGCGUUGCAGUCACUUGCUCCCAAAAAAAAGAAGGGCAGCGCGUUGCAGCAGUCGGACCAGAUUGCAAGAGGUCCACGGCUUUUUCUUCUUUUGGGACUCAUUCUUCUCGCCCCCCUUCUUUCUCCGACUUCGCUGGGACGCAUUCUGGAAGGACACCUAAUAUAUCUCAGCAUCUCCAAAUAUAUAGGGAAAUGGAGCAAACCUAUGGAGAGGUGAACCAGCUGGGCGGCGUGUUUGUGAAUGGGAGACCCCUGCCCAACGCCAUACGGCUGCGGAUCGUGGAGCUGGCCCAGCUCGGGAUCAGACCCUGCGACAUCAGCCGGCAGCUGAGAGUGUCCCACGGCUGCGUGAGCAAGAUUUUGGCGAGGUACAACGAGACCGGCUCCAUCUUGCCCGGUGCCAUCGGCGGGAGCAAGCCGCGCGUCACGACGCCUAACGUGGUGAAAAACAUCAGGGAAUACAAACAAAACGAUCCCGGGAUCUUUGCCUGGGAGAUCCGGGACAGGCUCUUGGCUGACGGCGUUUGUGACAAGACAAACGUCCCCUCUGUUAGCUCGAUCAGUAGGAUUUUACGCAACAAGAUUGGAAACCUCUCCCAGCCGAACCAGUACGAGAGCAGCAAGCAGGGCUCCGCGCAGGCCGGGCUCCCCUACAACCACAUUUACCCCUAUUCCUACCCCAACAUGUCGCCCACCAGCGGGAAAAUGGGCAGCCCUGGAGUACCAGCCGGGCAUGUGAGCAUAUCCAGGGCCUGGCCUUCUCCACACACCGUCAGCAACAUCUUGGGAAUACGAGCGUUCAUGGAUCCUGCAGCAAUAGCUGCGGCAGACGGCUAUCCACCAAAGAUGGAGGAGUGGAGUGGCGUCAGCAGAGCGAGUUUCCCAGCGCCUCACACUGUCAAUGGGAUUGACAAAUCAGCGAUUGAAGCUGACAUCAAAUAUGCCCAGCCUUCCUCGACACUGUCCAGUUACGUCUCAGCGUGCGCCUACUCUCCCAGCAACCAGUACGGGGUGUACAGCGGGCCUGCAGGCGGCUACGUGGCCCCGGGCCACCACCACUGGCAGGCACAGAGCCCGGCCCUGUCCCACCCAGGCAGCGGGAUGAGCAUGCACGCAGGGGAGAUCCACUCGCCCAUGGCCUUCAAGCACCAGUCCCGAGAAGAUAGGAAACCUCCCAGUCCCCUGAGCAAGCAACAGCAACAACACGAAGACUUGAACAGCGUGCAUGGACUCAGUCUGGCUACCUCAUCAUCAUAACCGGGACUUUUUUAACAUCUUAAUUCCCAGACACAGUUAACUGAACUCAUUUCAACAGCUCCAACCGUAAGUGAGAUCACUAAGCUUGUUUGUGGCUGGCAAGUCAAACACAGACCUAUUCACGUGCCUUUUCUAGCUUUUAUCGGUGUUUUUGGCCAUUUGAAUGUAAGCUUGCAUGGAAGUAUCGGCGCUUCCCCUCACUGGUUCAUUUUUUUUUUAAUACUUCAUAUUACUAGGCUGUAUCCAAUGGAGACUGCAGGUUUAAAAAUGCAUUUUUAUAAAUCUACUCAGCCAUUCAUGUUUAAUUAUAAAACAAGGGCUAUUCUGAAAUUCGCAGUUUAUUAUGUUACCCUAUUUUGUGGCCAUGAUCUCGAUUCCACAGUGACUUGAUGAUGUGAACAAGAUAUAUAAAUUGUCUAAAUGUAAAAUAUAUACCAAAGCUUUAAUUAUAUAUUUUUAUAAAUUCAUUGUAAAUAUUGAAAAUAAAGGCCGUCUUUCAAA